UGCUAACGGAUUUUGACAGUGAAAGUUAGCGAUUCAAGUUCAACAAUCACCCCGCCCCUUUCCUCCGUCUGGGAAUGCUGGGAUGUUUACAUUACUGGCACGGGUCAGGAAUGGUGAGCAGCUGAGGGAAAGUGUCUGAGCAGACAACCGCCUUACAAAACUCGUUGACAACAGACGUUCAUCUGUCUUUUAUUCGGAACGUGUCCAGUGAGGUCCCCGAGCUCUACUACCGCUCGACCUUGGCUUGAAGAGAAGCAGAAGAUCCGCCAUCAUCAUCGCAAACCCCAGACUGUGGAGGCAUAGCUAGGCUGCCACUUCCUGGGGUGUAAGGGAUUGAGCUCCUGUCAACAUGAACGCAGAGCCACAAGGUCAACAGGAAGCAGUCCCUGCUUUUCAGCCAGAGAUGGCGCCAAUACCUAUGGAUGCAAACAUGAGUCAGAUGGUGAACUUCCAGAUCGUGAAGAAGAUCGGCAGCGGGCAGUUCAGUGAAGUCUACCGGGCUCUCUACUUGGUCAACAACACGCCGGUAGCCCUGAAGAAAGUCCAGAUAUUCGACUUGAUGGAUGCCAAAGCUCGGCAAGAUUGCAUCAAAGAAAUAGAUCUCCUUAAGCAACUGAAUCACCCUAACGUCAUUAAGUAUCACGCCUCCUUUAUUGAAGACAAUGAGCUGAAUAUUGUUUUGGAGCUGGCUGAUGCCGGGGACCUGUCACGUAUGAUAAAGCACUUUAAGAAGCAGAAACGGCUCAUUCCGGAGAGGACGGUGUGGAAGUACUUUGUGCAGCUGUGCAGUGCACUGGAGCACAUGCAUUCCCGACGCGUUAUGCACAGAGAUAUAAAGCCCGCUAACGUGUUCAUCACAGCCACGGGUGUGGUGAAGUUGGGAGACCUGGGACUGGGCCGCUUCUUCAGCUCCAAGACCACCGCUGCACACUCACUAGUGGGCACCCCUUAUUACAUGUCUCCGGAGAGGAUACACGAAAACGGAUAUAACUUCAAGUCUGACAUCUGGUCGCUAGGCUGCCUUCUCUACGAGAUGGCAGCCCUGCAGAGCCCCUUCUAUGGAGACAAGAUGAACCUGUACUCCCUGUGUAAGAAGAUUGAGCAGUGCGACUACCCCCCUCUGCCAUCCGAUCACUACUCUGAGGAGUUAAGGAAACUAGUAGACAUGUGUAUUAACCCAGACCCGGAGAAGAGGCCGGACAUCACCUACAUAUCCGACAUCGCCAAGCACAUGCACCACCUGACGCUGGCCAAUCAGUGAGGACAGCCCGCUCCCCUCCGCCGUCUACCAUCAAGUCGCCCCCCCCCCCCCCCCCCUUUUCUUUUGAAUGCCCACAGUUCUCCUGGGAAGAGAUUUUGACUGAGGACUCACAAGUUAACUUCCUCAG